AUGUCUACUGAGCAAACUGUCCCAGUAGUUAAUAUUAAUAAAGAUAACUCAGUUCCUCAGGCAGACACUACUAAACCCUCAUGGAGUGAAAUGAUUGUUGAAACUAAAGUUGAAGCAAAAACACCAAAUGUUAUUAAAGAAGAACACAAACCAACUGGAAGUACUCAAUUUUAUAAAGACAAAUAUAAUGAGAGUGAUUGGGUAUUAAUGUUUUAUAAUCCAACAGCUCCAUUAGAACAAUGGAUGGUUAAAGAUCUUCUUGAAACUAUUGAUGUUCGAGCAAGAGGUAUUAGACAAGGAAAAACAGGAAAAUGUUAUGCUGAUUUUGAAGAUGAAGAAACAUGGAAAAAUGUUAAAGCAUUAAGUGGAGAAUGUGUUGGAGAUGUUACUAUUUUAGUUGAUGAUGUUCCACCAAGAAGUGAUGCACCAAAGAAUUCGUUUAACAAAGGACAACAUCAAGGAAAGAAUUCAUUUGGAGUUCAUAAGAAACGGGAGACAUUUGCUAAGAAACAACAACACUCACAAAAAAAGUCUAAUGAAAAAGAAGGAGUUAAAACAGAGAAAACUAAAAAAGUAAAGAAAGCAGAACCAGCAGUUGUAUUAGAUGAAACUGAUAAAGAAGAAGGUUGGGAACUUUCAGAUGGACCUGUCAAAGCUAUAAAACCAAAGAAGAAAGCAAAGAAACAAAUUGAUGGUAUUGCUAGUACAAAGAAUUACUUUGAAGGCAUUUAA